AUGGCUUCUAUGCCCAAAGGGGCUGAGAAACUGCAGGCUGCCGGUAUGCAUAAAUCAUUUGGUGCGGUUAUAUUGACGCUGAUUAUGCUUCGCCUCGUGUGGAAGUUAAUUAAUGAGACACCGCGACUUCCGGAUGAAACAACAAGCGCUGAGGCUUUUAUAGCUAAAGCGAUGCACUGGGGGCUUUAUGCCUUGAUGUUUGCACAGCCGCUGUCUGGAAUCAUGAUGAGCCAGUCUGCUGGUAUCCCAGUGAGCUUCUUUGGUCUCUUCGAAUUCCCUGUUUUUCUGGAUAAGAAUCCAGAGCUAGCGAAAACAUUUCUCAGCAUUCAUGGCACCGUUUGGAUAUUACUUGUAAUUGCCGUGUUUGGUCACGCAGGCGCUGCAAUGCAUCACCAUUUCAUUAAGAAAGACAACGUGUUGAAGCAAAUGACUACUG